UUCCGCGUCACCAAGGACAUCUCGCACCUCACCAAGGCCAAGUUUCUGACGGGGGUGGGCAAGAAGACGAAGGUGCUGUUCCGCCACAGCACCACGGGUGGUGGUCUGGGCAGCGCCGACACCGCGCUGGAUAUCCACGGAUUCGCCGUCAAGUUCUUCACCGAGGAGGGUAACCAUGACAUUGUUGGCAACCACGCGCCCGUCUUCUGGGUGCGCGACCCUAUCCGCUUCCCUUCCGUCAACCGCAGCCACAAGAAGCACCCUGCUACCAACCGUGCGGACCCGAACAUGGUAAGCCCACUUGGACCCCACCAGUCGAGCGCCUACUUAAUUUAUUCCACCUAGUUCUGGGACUUUCACGUCAACCAGCCCGAGAGCGUGCACGCGCUGAUGCACCUGUUCGGCUCGCGCGGCCACCCCGAGUCGGCGCGCAAGAUGACCGGGUUCGGCAUCCACACCUUCAAGCUGGUGGCCGAGGACGGCAGCUUCCGGUACUGCAAGUUCCACUUCAAGCCGGUGCAGGGGAUCAGCAACAUCAGCUCGGACAUGGCGACGCGGCUGGCGGGCACGAACCCGGACUCGUACAACCAGGAUCUGUGGGAGGCGAUUGCGCGCGGCGAGUACCCGGUGUGGAAGCUGUACGUGCAGGUGAUGGAGCCAGAGCGGGCGGAGAGCUUCGGACGGGCCCUGUUCGACAUCACCAAGGUGUGGCCGCACAAGGAGUUCCCAUUGAUUGAGGUGGGCGAGAUGACUCUGAACAAGAACCCUGAGAACUUCUUCGUCGAGAUUGAGCAGGCCGCUUUCUCUCCCUCUAACAUGGUGCCCGGUGUGGCCGCGACGCCUGACCCGAUGCUCCAAGCCCGCAUGUUCGCCUACCCCGACGCGCAACGCUACCGCCUCGGCGUCAACUAUCCCCACCUCCCGCCCAACAAGCCCGUGUGCCCCGUGUACGCGCCCUACCUGCGCGACGGCGCGCACACGGCGACCCCCAACUACGGCGGCGACCCGAACUACGUGCGCAGCACAUUGACACCCGGGGUGACCAGCGCGUCGGCGAAGGAGGUGCGACACCACGAGUUCCUGCGCCUGGGCGGGGUGCUGGGGCUGAACGAGAUCCCGGUGGACGACGAGGACUUUGUGCAGCCGCGGGCGCUGUGGCACAAGGUGUUCGACGAGCAGGAGCGGCGGUUGUUCGUGACAAAUCUGUGCAACUCGCUGGAGGGAGUGGUACCGGAGCUGCAGCAGGCGACGGUGGCGAUGUUCAGCCGGGUGGAUGCGCGGAUUGGGCAGAUGAUGGAGGCGAAUCUCAAAGGGGGGGCGCGCUUGUAAUGCCGUGCUAGGUUGUUGGGGGUGUUGUUGUUCCAGCGUGCCACCGCACAGGAUGUGGUCUGUUGACUUGUGCCAUAGAUUAGAUGGACAUAGACAU